AUGCCCGGAAUUGUGAUGGAUGAGAUUCAUGAAGAUGGGAAUCAUGGGAUAGUGAAUGAGGAUGGAGAUUCUAAUUCUUGUAAAGACAAUUCAGCUGUGAAUAACACACCUGCUGCCGGCCAGGUCCCAGAAGCUCCACACAAUGGGGAUGGCGGCGACAAUGCAGAAGGGGGGGCUGAGGCCUCCAUUGACCAGCUCUAUGAAAAUGUGUGUGAGAUGCAGAGUUCUGAUCAAUCACCAUCUAGGCAUAGUUUUGGAUCUGAUGGUGAUGAGUCACGGAUUGAUUCUGAGCUGCGGCAUCUUGUGGGAGGAGAGAUGAGGGAGGUGGAGAUAAUUGAAGAGGAUGAAGAGCUGCAGAGGCCGUAUAAUGGCGAUUCUGGUACGAAGAAAGGUAGUUCAGUGGAGAAUUCUCAAUCUGUGGAUGUUGUCACCCCUACUGCACAGUCAAACAAAGCUUCUAACUUGCAGUUAGAAUCUGAAUUUUCUGGAAUAUCAAGUUCAAGUCCAAAGAGCAAGAGUCCAGCAAAGCCGCCUAUUGAUAGGAGUAGUGAGAAGAGUUCUAAGAAAACGUCUCCGGGUGGUUUGUUGAAGAAACACCGGAACUCUGCUGCUGGGAGUGUGAAGCUGCAGAAAGGAACUGAGGAAAAUCCCGAUCUUGGGCCGUUUCUUCUAAAGCAAGCUAGGGAUUUGAUGUCGUCUGGGGAUAAUGCUCGGAGGGCUCUUGAUUUAGCUCAGCGAGCUGCUAAGUCGUUUGAGAAGUGUGCUGAAGGGAAGCCAAGUUUGGAUGUGGUCAUGUGUUUACAUGUAACCGCAGCCAUACACUGUAGCUUGGGCCAGUAUGGGGAAGCUAUUCCGGUAUUGGAGCAUUCGAUUGAGAUUCCUGUGGUUGAGGAAGGGCAAGAUCAUGCUCUUGCUAAAUUUGCUGGUUAUAUGCAGUUGGGAGAUACUUAUGCUAUGUUGGGCCAGCUCGAGAAUUCAAUUUCGUGUUACAUGAGUGGUUUGGAAGUUCAAAAGGAAGUGCUUGGAGAGAAUGAUCCAAGAGUGGGUGAGACUU